AUGGAAUCCAAAGAGCCCCGUGUAGUCAUUUUCCCAUUCAUGGCCAAGGGCCACACCAUCCCUUUGCUGGACCUCUCCAAGGCCCUCUCAUGCAAGGGCCUCAAGAUCACCAUCAUCACCACCCCAUCAAACUCCCCUUUCAUCCUUCAAUCCACAUCCAACCACCCCAAAAUACAUACCGUUGAACUCGAGUUCCCAAUAGUCGAAGGCCUACCGAAGGGCUGCGAGAACACCGACCAGCUCCCCUCCAUGGACCUCUAUGUCCCAUUUGUACGUGCCACCGAGCAGCUCCAGCGUCCGUUUGAGCAGCUACUGCAUCAGAUGUCCAACGGCCAGGAUCUGCCCAUCUUCGUGAUCUCCGGCUUCUUCUUGGGGUGGACCCUCGAUGUCUGUAACAUAUUCGACGUCCCUCAACUCGUCUUCCACGGCGCGGGAGCAUUUGCGCUUUCUGCGUCCAAGUCCUUGACCGUGCAUGCACCACAUAAGCAUGUGUGCAGAGACGACGAACCUUUCAAAGUGCCAAGGCUCCCAACAACUACCCGGCUGACGUUAGCGGAUCUUCCCCGCAGGUUGAAAUUGUUGGACCCGACAGCAGACCCGUUUGCUAAAUUUAUAAUGGAAGUCCAUGACUCGGACGUGGACAGCUGGGGUGUGAUUGUUAAUAGCUUUGUUGAGAUGGAGGGAGAUUAUGUGCCUGCUCUAGAGUCCUUCUACAGGAAUGGAGCUAAGGUAUGGUGUGUGGGCCCCAUCUUGUUGUACAAAGAAGUAGAGGAUGCUGAGGAGACCCGAGAUGCUGAGGCCCCGAAUAAAUACCGGGCAUCUAAAUGCAUGGAAUGGUUGGACAAACGUAGCACAUCACCAUGUUCUGUAAUCUAUGUAUCAUUCGGGACCCAAACACAUAUCUCCAACGCCCAGCUUGAUGAGGUCGCGUUAGGGUUGGAGAUAUCAUGCCAACCGUUCAUCUGGGUGGUCAGAUCGAUAACAUGGUCCCCGCCUGAUGGAAUGGAAGAGAGGAUAAAAGAGAGAGGUCUGAUCAUAAGAGAAUGGGCCCCACAAAGGCAAAUCCUCGCCCACCCAGCCAUCGGAGGGUUCCUGAGUCAUUGUGGCUGGAACUCGGUGCUGGAGAGCAUCUCAGGAGGGGUGCCGAUCCUAGCUUGGCCAAUGAUCGCCGAGCAGCGCUUGAACGCCAAGUUCGUUGUGGAUGAACUCCAAGCUGGGGUUAAGAUCGUUGGUUGCACCGGUGCCGAGGAGGGAACUAUCAUUGGACGGGGCGUGAUCUGUAAAGGAGUGGAGGAGCUGAUGGGCAAAGAUAGAGGAAGGAGGUUCAGGGGGAGGGUUAAAGAGCUGAGUCGAGCCGCGAGGCAAGCCGUACAUGAAGGUGGGUCAUCUGAUAAGAGAUUGGAUGAGAUGAUUAAUUGUUUAAUUAAUCGGGCUAAGUAG